AGUUUAUUACAACCAGCCAACACAUCAUUAUAUUUUACAAAGAAAAAAAUCAUAAUUUCCAAAAUGAUUUUACUUAUCCUUGUCUUUAUCUUCAUAGCCCUGUGCAUGAUACUAAAGGAUAAAAGUAGACUACCAAAAAACUUUCCUCCCGGACCCCCCUGUCUUCCUGUGAUUGGCAAUGUUCUUUCAGUGGGAUAUGAUUUGAAAUCAGCAUUCAACACAUGGAGGGAGAAAUAUGGAUCAAUUGUUGGAUUUAAACUUGGAAACCAAACUUCAGUUGUUAUCAGUGACUUUGAUACUCUUAAUGAGGUGUUUAAAGAUGACAGAUAUUCUGGAAGACCUGAAAACCUUCAAGAAGUAUUCUCCGCAUUCUUUGGAAAAGGAAAGGAGAAAUCUACAGGAGGAAUAGUAUUCAGCCAUGGAGACCAUUGGAAGGAACAGAGAAAGUUUGCCAGCAGAACUUUGAAAGAUUUUGGAGUUGGUAAAUCAGGACUUCAGACUUUGAUCAAUGAUGAGGUAAAAAAACUUAUUGAUGAACUACAGAAUGAUACUGGAAAACCAAUUGAUCUGCGUCUGAGAACAAACCUUGCAAUAGUCAACACUCUUUGGCAAGUUCUUAACGGAGAGAAAUCUGAUCUGAACAAUCCUAAGAUGAAGAGAGUUUUCAAAUCUACAACUGAGUUUAUUGUCUCUAACUCAUUGUCUGGUCCAGUUAUGAUUAUGCCCUGGUUGAGACAUCUUCCAUACUUUAACUCCAAGUUUGAGGAAGCCCGUAAGUCUCCACAAGAAAUGAGAGAAAUAACAUCAGAGUCCAUCCAAAGACACAAGGAUUCCUACCAAGAGGAACAUCAAAGAGAUUUUAUUGACUGCUACAUCAAGAAAAUGAAUGAAACAGAAGAGUCAGGUUCAUCAUUUUAUAAUGAAACUGUAGAAGGAAACUUACAAAGAACAUUAAUGGAUCUGUUUGGAGCUGGAUCUGAAACCACUGCAACUAUACUCUGCUUUGCAUUUAAUUACUUGAUUAGGUUUCCAUCUAUUCAACAGAAAAUCCAAGAGGAAAUUGAAUUGGUGAUUGGAAGCAGAACUCCAUUACUAGAAGAUAGACAGGAAAUGCCAUACACAGAUGCUUUUCUUCAUGAGGUUCUCAGACACUCUUGUAUUGUGUAUACAACUCCACAUGCUACCACUGAACAAGUUAAUCUACAUGGAUACACUUUACCCAAGGGAACAGCUGUUUAUGCCAAUAUUUGGUGGAUAAUGAAUGAUCCAGAGCACUGGGAUAAACCAGAAGAGUUUAAUCCUCUUAGGUUUAUGGAUGAAGCUGGAAAGUUUAAGAAGAAUGAUCGUUUUAUUCCAUUCUUAAUCGGUAAAAGGUAUUGUUUGGGACAAAACCUUGCUCAACAUGAACUUUUCCUCUUUCUCACUGGAUUAUUACAGAAACUGAGUUUCUCUAGUAUUUAUGAAGACCCUGGAAUGGUAAAUAUCAAUCCUAUUGUUGGAUUUAUGCAUCAAUGUCCUGAAUUUCAAGUUGUUAUGAAGGAACGGUUAUAGUUUAUAAUAACCAGUUCUAUAUACUUAUUGUACCUUUUUAUUUCGCUGCCUGUUACCUGUUUAUUUUAUAAAUUGUUGUUUUUAUUGUUGUUAUUGUAGUUUUAUGUAUGAUUUAUGUACAUUGAUCUUUAGAUCAAAAAUAAAAUUUUACAAUCCU